CACUUGCUUUUUUAGAAAUACGAAUAUUUGGAAUAACAUAAUAUAUGUUGUUGUAGUUGUUGUUGUUUUGUUUCCGAUACAGCGCAAUUCUAAUGAACUUGAUAACUGAAUAGGUACAAUACGAAGGAUGAGGUUCCCGAAAUUGGAUCUGUGUUACAGCCUGCACCAAAGGAAUAGACAUAAAUACAUACAUCCGAGCAAUGUUACCCUCCUUCAAGUGAAAUCAGCAAUGAAGAAAACGUGUAAGCCGGCAAUGCUGGGCAGGAUUUGGCAGGCCAGCAGAAGGGCUCUCAACUUGGAGCAUUCGCCACCUCAUGUGUUUGCCUGUUGCCAAUGGCAAGACGGAACACGCCCGGCUACAUUUUACCUCGUUUAUCGGUGGCUACUAUUUCUUACUGUACUUUCAAUCGGUAUUUCAAGUUUUGCCUGUCAACGUCUACCGCGUCUAUAUGAAGGACCGAAAGUCGAGUUGAACUACUUCAAAUGGUUCAUCUAUUUCACAAACUGGGGGUACUUGCUCGUCGUGAUGCAAGCUGGUCUGGCACUGGCGGUUGUCCAUCGUUACAGAAACCAUAAAACAUUUAAUUUACCAUGCGAAGACGAAGAAAUCCCGAUGCCACGUAGACAGAGAACUCCCGCACUGUGUCGUGCCUAUUGGCUGACGCACACGAUCGCGACCGACCUGGCAUUCGUCAUCACGCUCAUUUACUGGACCCUUGUGCACGAUCCGAGAAUCCACGAGAUCAACACGUUAAACCUGCUAGUACACGGUGGCAAUUCACUUGUAAUGCUGCUGGAGUUGGCUUUAACAGCGCACCCAGUGCGUGCCGCUCAUGCCUUGUUCGGAGCUGGUGCAGGCCUCGCGUAUGGCGUCUUCAGCGCGUUUUACUGGGCGGUUGGCGGUACAGAUCGAGUUGGGUUGCCAGCCAUAUACCCGGCACUUGAUUGGAAUAAACCGGGGUCAGCGUUCGGCUUCGUCGCACUCUGCGCAGCAGUGAUGAUGUUCGCACACGGCGUCGCUACGUGUAUUGCCUUCGGACGCAGCAAACUGGCUUUGAGGAUAAUGCCUGCUCGAUCCAGCGCGGACCGAUUCACUCUACCCACGCACUGAGCCACGAGGAAACGGAUCUAAACUACUGCCCUUAGUAUUCCAAUGUAUGGCAGCACUUGCACUAUUCCAAGUCCGUGGAUUUUAAACGUUUAAGGGCAUUUGAUCCGUUAAAUUAUUCUGCAUUUGAUAGCGUCCACUGUCCACAAGGUCACGGACUUUGAUGGUAUUUGAUUGGAAACGUGCGAAAUUAUAGCUUAAUUUUAAAUUAUUAUAUUUAAUGUCGUUUGAUGUCGUCUGUCCACCUUGUUGAGGGCCGACCAACGCUGCGUUUGCCGGUGUAGGGUUGCCAUUCUAGCACCUUGGGACUCUAACGUUCAUCGGCUGUCCGUGCUAUGCGCUAUCAAACGAGUCUCUAGAAGCCGCUGGAAACAAGCGGCCCAAGGCCGUGGAUAUUGGAACUCCCUAUGGCCAGCAGUGGACGUCUAUCGGUUGAAGUAAUGAUUAUGAUAUUUAAUGUGCGAUAGAUGUUAUGUCGUACUUUUGUAAAAAUUUUAAAGAUGCAAAGAACCGACGAUAAAUUCUAGGUAGCAAAACGCAACAUGUUAAAAAGCAUACCUACAUCAUACUAUGCCCGUGUUGUUUAUGUUUAUUGUGUAAUGAUGCUUUUAGUAUGGUUCCAUACUGUUAAUUAUAUUAGAAUAUUGCCUUAAGCUGUACACAAAACGUAUUUUAAGUAAGUUUUAGUAAUUGUAGAGCUUUUUGCGUCAGAGUUCGUCCACUUCGCAGGAGGUGUUUCUGUCAUGCCUAGCAAAGUGUAGCUCUGUUCAUACACGAUGGUUUUCCACUUACCAUCAGGUGGGCUCUCUGUUUCGUCCAUCAAUUAUUAAUUAUAAACAAACAAAAUAGAUGAAACAGUGUGUUAAGUAUUUUGCUGAUGCUUUAAAAUUAUGAUGCUGGUUGAUGCAGAAGUCGGAACUCUCAAUACCUUUAUAUUUUACAUUCCUUUCAAGGUAGCUCAGUUAGAAAACCUGGUAAAAUAAAAAGUUGAUUUAUAAUAGAUAGCAAUAUAGCAAGGAGACGGUCCAAAAAUGUAGUUCUAUAUGGAGUGAAGUGGCUCGUAGUUCAAUGCAGCCAAAAAAAAUUUGUUCUCAUGUUUCUAAGCUUUUCUUAUCUCGAUUGCCAUAGAUUCUAAGUUUCUAACAUUAGUGGAUUUUUUGUCAAGUUUCAAAGAACUUCUUUAUUUAUUAAUUCUCGUUUUGCAUGACAGAAUCGACUGUCUCCUUUGGUGUAACGAAAGGGCGACUGUGUAAUAAAAUGUAUAAGAUAGGAUAAUGUUAUAUAAAUGUUGGGUUGAAGCAUGUUUCAAAGUAAUAUAUUUCAGAUCGUAUUUUAUAAGCAUGCCCUGCUAUACCUAAAGGAUUAGUUGGCUUACUACUAUUGCUUCAAACAGUAUUAUGUAGUUUAAAAAAACAUAUUAUGUGUCACAAAAAUUAGUUUCUAAAACAAAAAAGACAACAAAAAAUAUUAAAAUUAUAAUGAUUUAAGCAGUCCUCAGGUCACAAGGAAAGGUCGAGAAAAAGGAUGCUAAUGGAAUCAGUUUGUGAUAGAUAUGUAAUGCAUUUAUUUAUAGUUACUGUAUACGUUUUUAACUUAAGGUUGUACUUUACUGAAAUUAACGCCAAACGUUUAAUGGCCAAAAACUAUGUGUACAAAAUACCUAUCGUUUAGCACUAGAACUUUACUCUAAUGAAACCUCUUUUCUCUUGUUGCUUUUCUCAGAAAAAUUGUUUUCUUAUUUAAGCUACCAAGAGAUAUCCGACAUCCAAAGUUUUGUAUACAACGUGUAAAUGAAAUAAUACUUAACUGGCUUUAGAGGUACAUAAAUUAUCUGUGAAACCGGAAACCUAAUAAUUUUUGAGUAAACCACUGCCAUAGUUUUUACGCAAGAAAUCAGACAUAGCCCUAACAACACAUGCAAAAUUAACAUUAAAUUACUACUGACACUUUAUUGGGUACGCGUCGCGUAGC